UCGAAUGUUGAGCAGUGAAGCGAGGCUUCUAGACACAGAAAACUGCCCGGUGUGAUAUCAAGUACAUACUGGGAUGGGAGAGACUAUGGCGAGACGGGAGGGAGGGAGGGAUGGCGAGAUMCUAUGGCGAGGUGUGGAUAUGGGAGGGAGGGAGGGAUAGCAAGAUGGCGAGGGAGGGAGGACUCCAGGGGAGUAUGGCAAGAUGUGGAGAUGGGACGGACUAUGGUGAGAUGGGAGGAAGGGAGGAAUGGCGAGAUGGCAAGGGAGGGAGGGACUAUGGUGAGAUGGGAGGGAGGGAGGGAUGUACUAUGGAAGAUGAGGGGGGGGCGGAGGAGGAGAGAAGUACAAGAAGUAACAGAAGGGAGGAAGAAGAGGAAGAAGAAGAUGGCGGCGGCGGCAGGGCGGGAUGGUAUGGCGGCGGGCUGUGGCGGCGGUCGAAGAAGACGAAGAAGAAGACGAAGAGGAAGACGAAGACAAAGAGGAAGACGAAGACAAAAAGGAAGACGAAGACGAAGAGGAGGAAGAAAACGAAGAGGAGGAAGAAAACGAAGAGGAGGACGUGAGAUGGGAGGGAGGGAGGGAUGUACUAUGGAAGAUGAGGGGGGGGCGGAGGAGGAGAGAAGUACAAGAAGUAACAGAAGGGAGGAAGAAGAGGAAGAAGAAGAUGGCGGCGGCGGCAGGGCGGUAUGGUAUGGCGGCGGGCUGUGGCGGCGGUCGAAGAAGACGAAGAAGAAGACGAGGAGGAGGAAGAAGAAGAGGAAGAAGAAGAGGAAGAAGAAGAGGAAGAAGAAGAGGAAGAAGAGGAGGAGCAGGAGGAGGAGGAGGAGGAGGAGGAGGAGGAAGGAGGAGGAGGAAGAAGAAGAGGAAGAAGAAGAGGAAGAGGAAGAAGAGGAGGAAGAAGAAGAGGAAGAAGAGGAAGAAGAAGUGGACGAAGAAGAGGAUGAAGAAGAAGAAGAAGAAGAAGAAGAAGAAGAAGAAGAAGAAGAAGAAGAAGAAGAAGAAGAAGAAGAAGACGGCGAAGAAGAAGAAGACGGCGAAGACGGCGGCGGAGAAGAAGAAGAAGAAGAGGAAGAGGAAGAGGAAGAAGAAGAAGAAGAAGAAGAAGAAGAAGAAGAAGAAGGAGGAGAAGGAGGAGGAGGAGAAGGAGGAGGAGGAGGAGAAGCAGAAGGAGGAGAAGCAGGAGGAGGAGAAGGAGGAGGAGGAGAAGAAGAAGAAGAAGAAGAAGAAGAAGAACACGACGACGACGACGAAGACGACGACGACGAUGAAGAAGAAGACGAAGAAGAAGACGCCGACGACGAAGAAGAAGACGCCGACGAAGAAGAAGAUGCCGACGAAGACAAAGAAAAGAAGAAGAAGAAGAAGAAGAAGAAGAAGAAGAAGAAGAAGAAGAUGAUGAUGAUGAUGAUGAUGAUGAUGAUGACGAUGAGCGGAGCAGUUUUUUUUUUUUUUUUUGAAGAAGAAGAUGAUGAUGAUGAUGAUGAUGAUGAUGAUGAUGAUGAUGAUGAUGACGAUGAGCGGAGCAGUUUUCUUUUUUUUUUCCUUACCUGUCGUUUAUCUCGCGACCUAUCGCUAACGAAUGUAGAAAAAAAGAAGAAAAAUAAGAUAGUCAGAAGAGGACGAGGAGGAGAGAAGAAUAAGAAGAAGAAGAUGAGGGGGAGGAAGUAUAAGAAGAAGAAGAAGAAGAAGAAGAUGAGAGGGGGAGGAGGAGGAGGAGAGAAAAAGAAGUAGAAAAACGAGCGGAGGAGGAGGAGGAGGGAAGAAGAACUAGCCGGGUUGUCGGCAGGCAGGAGCACCGCGAUCGACGACGCUGGUGACGGGCGACGGGCGACUCGACGACGACGGGCGAAUGAAGCUCCCAAGCGAUG